AUGGGUGCUGUAAUGGGUACGUUCUCUUCUCUACAAACGAAACAAAGAAGACCAUCAAAAGGGAUGAUUUAUGUAAUGGGGUAUAUCAGUCAUGGUGGGAAGUCUGAUAAAAUUGAAGAUGAAUUAGAAAUGACUACAGUGUGCCAUAGACCCGAAGGACUGGAACAGCUUGAAGCACAAACCAAUUUCACUAAAAGAGAACUUCAAGUGCUUUACAGAGGAUUUAAAAAUGAAUGUCCUAGCGGGGUUGUUAAUGAAGAAACGUUCAAACAGAUCUAUGCACAGUUUUUUCCUCAUGGAGAUGCUAGCAUGUACGCACAUUAUCUCUUUAAUGCGUUUGACACUGCACAAAAUGGCUCAGUGAAGUUUGAGGAUUUUGUGAUGGCAUUGUCCAUUCUGUUGCGGGGAACCGUUCAUGAAAAACUAAGGUGGACGUUUAAUCUGUAUGACAUAAAUAAGGAUGGCUAUAUAAACAAGGAGGAAAUGAUGGAUAUCGUAAAGGCAAUUUAUGAUAUGAUGGGAAAGUACACAUAUCCAGUGCUCAAGGAAGAUGCUCCAAGGCAGCAUGUAGAAGUGUUCUUCCAGAAAAUGGAUAAAAACAAAGAUGGUGUUGUAACUUUAGAUGAGUUUAUUGAAUCGUGUCAGGAGGAUGACAAUAUCAUGCGAUCCUUACAGCUCUUUGAGAAUGUGAUGUAACCAUGUCUGGUGAGUGCUGGAGGAGUCAGAGACUCUGUGUUACAAAGACCUCCUUUCUGAGUGAAAGCUUUUUACAACUCAGCCAUGUUCAGUGUGUGAGGAUUUUGUAUGACAUCUCCAACCAAAUGGCAACCGAAUGCAACUGAUCCCACCUCUUCUCUCCAAGAGAAUGCCGGUGGACCUUUGUUUCAUUUUGGAAGCAUGUGAAUAUUUUAAUAAAACCUGACAAGAG